AUGUCAUCCCAGCAACAGCCCCCCAGAGUCAGAAUCUCAAUAGAUCGAGGCGGGACGUUCACUGACGUCCAUGCGUCAAUCCCGGAACGUAGUGAUAUUAUCCUCAAACUUCUCUCUGUCGAUCCAUCAAAUUACAAAGAUGCCCCAACGGAAGGAAUCAGACGCGUUCUGGAGAUCGCCACAGGCAAAAAGAUACCCCGUGGGCAGCAACUGGAUCUUGCACCUAUCGAAUCGCUUCGGAUGGGCACGACCGUCGCGACCAAUGCAUUGCUAGAAAGAAAGGGAGCGCGAUCCGCACUGCUCAUUUCGAAAGGAUUUAAGGACCUUUUAGUCAUCGGGAACCAGUCUCGGCCAAAUAUUUUCGACCUUUCCGUCGCCAAGCCUGGAGUGUUAUAUGAAAGGGUUAUUGAGGUUGAUGAGAGAGUAACCCUGAAAGGAUAUGCGGAAGAUCCCGAUCCUCAGCCAAUAGAGGAAGCGGAAGAUGUCGUCAGAGGAAUUACUGGAGAGUAUAUCCAUAUCCUUGUCAAGCCGGAUAUGGAAAAAGUCAGAUCUGACCUACAAUUGUUAUGGGAUGAAGGAUAUCGGUCGAUAGCCGUGGUGUUGCUUCAUUCAUAUACAUUUCCAGAACAUGAGAAGUUAAUUGGGCAAGCCGCUAGUGAGAUGGGAUUUUCUGUGGCUAUAUCCUCGGAACUGCAGCCCAUGAUAAAGGCAGUGCCUCGUGGUAUGAGUGCCACGGCGGACGCAUAUUUAACCCCGAUAAUUAGAGAGUAUGUCGACUCGAUAUCAUCAAAUUUUAUAGGAGGACUUGCGUUUGGAAGCACGCGGUGCGAGUUUAUGCAGUCGGAUGGCGGAUUGGUGGACUUCCGAAAAUUUAGCGGUCUGAAGGCUAUCUUGUCUGGACCAGCAGGUGGUGUGGUUGGAUAUGCAGAGACUUCCUGGGAUGACGACGAGCAAAUUCCUGUCAUAGGAUUUGAUAUGGGUGGAACAAGUACAGAUGUAUCCCGCUACUCGGGAGUCUACGACCACGUCUUCGAAACCACAAUUGCCGGAAUUUCCAUUCAAUCCCCCCAACUAGACAUCAACACCGUCGCGGCCGGGGGCGGCUCGAUCCUUUUCUGGAGGAACGGUCUUUUUGUCGUGGGACCAGAGUCGGCCUCCGCACAUCCAGGGCCAGCUUGUUACCGAAAAGGGGGACCCCUGACCGUAACUGAUGCCAAUCUUUUCUUAGGUCGAUUACUGCCAGGAUAUUUUCCAAAGAUUUUCGGACCAAACGAAAAUGAGCCUCUUGACGUGGAAAUCACUCACCAAAAGUUCACAGAAUUAACAAAAAAAAUUAACAGUGAACAGCGCUCAAAAGGGUGGAACGAAUUUACGCCGGAGGAAGUGGCCCUGGGAUUCCUGUCAGUUGCUAACGAAUCUAUGUCGCGGCCAAUUCGCGCAUUGACAGAGGCUCGUGGAUACGACACAUCUGUUCAUCAUCUCUCUUGUUUCGGUGGUGCUGGUGGCCAGCAUGCUUGUUCUGUUGCAUCUGUUCUCGGAAUCUCUCGUGUCAUCAUCCACAAAUACUCUUCAAUCCUGUCGGCUUAUGGGAUGGCCCUCGCAGAUGUACCAGUACGGCGCUUUAUGAUUCUAAAAGGCGAUAGCUGGGAUUUCGGUGCUGAGUUCAACAAACGGCAUAAACUCGAAUUUGGUUUCCUUUCACCUGAUAAACGGAUUUUUGUCGAUGAUAUCCGGGUACGGAGCAUUGCAUCGUCUUCGCGGCAGAAAGAGAGCAGCCCAUACGCGCAGAUCAAGAAAACUACUUUCAACGAGGUUUCAGCGACGGAUGUCAAUGAGAGGGCAAUUGUCUAUUUCGGUGCGGAAUACGGACGGGUCGCGACACCCGUGCUUAAGCUAGAAGAACUCUCGGAGGGCUCGCGCAUCCAAGGCCCUGCGAUGAUCAUCGACCAAACGCAAACGAUAGUCCUCGUCCCUGGAGCAGUGGCAAGCAUUCUGGGAAGUUGCGUGGUGAUCGACCUCAAGAAGAAAGCGCCCGCGCUCGAUGGGUUAGCAACAGCGUCGACAAGCACUGCUAGCAUCAGUCCCAUCCAAUUAUCAAUAUUCGGUAACCGGUUCAUGUCCAUCGCUGAGCAGAUGGGUCGAACACUGCAGAAGACUUCUGUUUCGACCAACAUCAAAGAACGCCUUGACUUUUCGUGUGCACUGUUUUCACCUGAUGGAGGCCUCGUGGCUAACGCACCUCACGUCCCUGUACAUUUGGGUUCGAUGCAAUUUGCAGUCCGAUACCAGCACAAAUACUGGGAGGGCAAGCUGGAGGAUGGUGACGUUCUGAUUUCUAACCAUCCGACCUGCGGCGGGACCCAUUUGCCUGAUAUUACGGUCAUCACGCCCGUUUUUGAGAAUGGCGAAAUUGUGUUUUACGUCGCAUCCCGUGGCCAUCAUGCAGAUAUCGGAGGGUGUCUUCCUGGUUCCAUGCCCCCAACAAGCACGGAGCUAUGGCAAGAAGGGGCCUCCAUCGAAGCUGAAAAAUUAGUUACCGGAGGACUCUUCAAUGAAAAACGGAUGAUAGAGUUGUUAUUGAAGGAGCCGGCGCAGUACCCUGGUUGCUCUGGUACCCGAUGUCUCCAGGAUAAUUUAUCCGAUCUCCGGGCACAGGUUGCCGCCAACCAAAAGGGCAUAUCUCUUAUCAAUGGGUUAAUCAAGGAAUGUGGAUUAGAGCGUGUGCAUACAUAUAUGUACGCAAUCCAAAGUACGGCCGAAAUCGCCGUGCGAGAACUUCUCAAAACCACCGCCAGGACAUUGGGCUCCACGCUCGAAGCUGUUGACCGUAUGGACGAUGGAACACCGAUUGCCCUGAAGAUUACGAUCGAUGGCGAGAAGGGGGAAGCCGUGUUUGAUUUUGCAGGAACGGGUUGUGAGGUUUUCGGCAAUACGAACGCUCCACCAGCCAUCACCCAUUCGGCAAUCAUUUACUGCCUGCGUUCGUUAGUGAAAUCCGAUAUCCCUCUGAACCAGGGAUGUUUGAACCCCAUAGACAUCCGAAUUCCUCCCCGAACGCUGCUGUCACCAUCCAAGGGCGCUGGCGUUGUCGGAGGAAACGUGCUUACAUCGCAGCGAAUCACGGAUGUCGUCUUGAAGGCGUUCAACGCCUGUGCUGCAUCGCAAGGCUGCUGCAAUAACCUCACUUUUGGAACGGGUGGCAAGACAACAAACGCAGAACACGUCAAUGGAUUUGGGUACUACGAAACAAUUGCUGGCGGCAGCGGAGCGGGGCCAACGUGGGAUGGACAGAGCGGCGUGCACACGCACAUGACUAACACGCGCAUUACCGAUCCAGAAGUCUUCGAGAAGCGCUACCCAUGUCUCCUCCGGGAAUUCUCCCUCCGAAAAGGGUCGGGGGGUCGGGGCUCACAUCCUGGUGGCGACGGUGUGGUGCGCGAUAUUGAGUUCCUCAUUCCUAUCCAGUGUUCGAUAUUGUCCGAGCGCAGGAGUCAUCAGCCCUACGGCCUUCAGGGUGGAGGCCCCGGUGAAUCAGGGAAGAAUUUGUGGGUUAGGCGUGAUAAAGCUACAGGCGACGAAAUGGUGGUUAGCCUUGGAGCAAAGGCAACCGUGGCGAUGAGUAAAGGCGACAGGAUCGUCGUGCACACUCCUGGUGGCGGGGCUUGGGGUAGCGUGGACGAGAAAAGAAACGUGAAUAAGAUUGUACCUGAUCAAUUCUUGGCGAAGGGAUCAGUUGAUAGAUAUAGGGCGAUUCAAGAAACGAAUUGA